GCUGAACCAGGAUUCAGGAAGCGUGGAGCCCACUUUCAGGAAAGGGCAUUGGUAGGCCAUAGAAGGGCGGGGCCAUAUUAUGGCGCUGGGCGCUCUGACUUACCGACCAAUCCGCGGGAUUGUACUAGCUGAGAAUUGGAGGCUGCGAAGAGAGCAGCAUUUCUAUUGGACAGACGCAGGCCGUUUUCCGGUCGGGGGCGGGCCCCGCGCGGUGGCGGGAAAGAAGCGGCUGAGGAGCGGCCUCUGAGACCCGGAGGGGCGGUGACGGGCCUGGGACGCCCACUCUUCAUCAUGGACGCGGCCGAGGUGGAGUUUUUGGCCGAGAAGGAGCUGGUAACUAUCAUCCCGAACUUCAGUCUGGACAAGAUCUACCUGAUCGGGGGGGACCUGGGGCCCUUCAACCCCGGCUUACCCGUGGACGUGCCCCUGUGGCUGGCCAUUAACCUGAAACAGAGACAGAAGUGCCGUCUGCUACCUCCAGAGUGGAUGGAUGUGGAGAAAUUGGAGCAGAUGCGGGAUGAGGAGCGGAAGGAGGAGACUUUCACCCCGGUGCCCAGCCCACACUACAUGGAGAUCACGAAGCUCCUGCUGAAUCAUGCUUCUGACAACAUUCCCAAAGCAGACACCAUCCGGACACUGAUCAAAGAUCUGUGGGACACACGCAUGGCCAAGCUUCGGGUGUCUGCUGACAGUUUUGUGCGGCAGCAAGAGGCACAUGCUAAGCUGGACAACUUGACCUUGAUGGAGAUCAACACCAGUGGGGCCUUCCUCACCCAAGCUCUCAACCACAUGUACAAACUCCGCACGAACCUUCAGCCCUCUGAGAGCUUGCAGUCUCAGGACUUCUAGCCAGAGGCCUCUGGUCUGCAAACCCUUCCUGGGUUAGAGUGAUGUGUGUGGAACAUUGGUGGAGUGGUGAGUUUGCGACCUGUCUUUGUCAGAAGUCAGCCAUACAGCAAGCUCAAGUCCAUCGAAUGGAGAAGCCACCAGCUUUUCUCUUCUGCCCAUUUCUCUCACGACCAAGGACGUGCCAAGCACAGGGCGUGUUCGGGCCAGCCCAGUUCAGCUCAAGAGUCGUCAAGCUUGACCUGUGGAAAGCUGUAUGUAGUUGAGGCUGGGGGUGGUGGCGGUGGUGCUGAUUUAGACAGACUUUUGUUGGGGCUGGAGAGAUGGCUCAGUGGUUAAGAGCACCCGACUACUCUUCCAGAGGUCCUGAGUUCAAUUCCCAGCAACCACAUGGUGGCUCACAACCAUCUGUAAAGAGAUCCGAUGCCCUCUUCUGGUGUAUCUGAAGACAGCUACAGUGUACUUAUAUAUAAUAAAUGAGUAAAUCUUUUUUUUAAGUUUUUUUUUUUCUUUUUUCUUUUUUUCGGAGCUGGGGACCGAACCCAGGGCCUUGUGCUCACUAGGCAAGCGCUCUACCACUGAGCUAAAUCCCCAACCCCAUGAAUAAAUCUUAAAAAAAAAAAAAAAAAAAGACUUUUGUCUUAACAUGAUUUAGGAAGAUUUUAUUUUUGGGAUGUCAGAAAUUACAGCAAUAUAUUCAUAAAUACCUAAUUACUACAUUCAACAAAUAAUAUUACAAUACAGUUAAUUCAAACAAGUACACUUAGAACGGGUUUAAUUUCACAGCAUCUAAACUGCCCCCAGAGCGACCGAGGCACCCAUCCUCCCUCCUGCCUGGGUCUGGGUGCGCGGCCCCAGCAGUGAGGCACAGGGCACACACAAGUACGAAACCAGUGAGAUGCCUCCUCAGGGUCAAGGCAGACUCUAGGGUUGAAGUUAAGCACUGGAUCAGACAGUGGGGACAGGCUACGGCAAGUCGUGAAGUAAAAGCUUUUGUACUUGAGUACAGACUGCUGCUGUAAGUGGCUAAUGCACACCUCAGAGGUGCUGAGCCUGCUGUGCAGGCCAUCUGCAUGCUGGGGCCUGGGCAGCUGAGGGGUGGGGGCGGAGGCAUCGAGUUUGCCAUUCAACUUAGCUGGUUGAGACUCAGUGCUGGGAGCCUGGCUGUGGCCCCCACUAUUAGGGUGGGGCUUGUUCUGGGUGCCCCAGAGGUACAGUCUGGUGCGAUGGUGCAGUUGGGUGGUUUUAAGAUCACCAUGUACCGAGGUGUUGACAGCCCCCCUCUUGGUCACUCAUCUGUGAUGGUGGCGGGUCUGAUCAGACACCCAGGACAGAUGGCAUCUAUCACUUGCAGGUGGAGUGGGAAGACAUGGUCAAGGACUGGGAUUUCCAUGUACAUGCUAAUUCCACAGUCCAGCCUAGAGCAGAGCAGAUCUGUAGCAGGGAAGGGCGGAGGGAUCUCCAGGGACAGUGCAGUACCUGGAAGGGGGGGCUACUGUGUUCUCUUUAGCCUCGUCCAGCUCUGAGACCGUGGGAUGGGAAAAGCGCCACAUGGUCUGAGUGGCAGUCAGCUGCCACUUUCCUGGCUUGUACCUGGUUCUGAUUGUCACUUUACAUAUGAGCAUGGGGGUACUCGGUCUCCACAGGCGGAGAUGCUGGAGGAGGGCAGGCAAGGGAAAGGCCAUAGGCAUUGCUAGUCAGCGGCUCAGCUUGUGCCCCAGACUGACCUGGGAGGGCAUGGCUUGCUUUGGAUCGUAUACUCAGCCAGGGGAACUCCUGUGGGACGGUGGGAGAGACUGUGCAUGUCUUAAGUUAUGGGUCCUACCUUUCCCAGAAGCCAUUGCCAAGCAGAUUAGCAAAAGCUUCCAGUCAUCGGUGUGUUCUUAGCCUGGGAAAGGAACACUGAGCGCACGCAGCAUUUAACUGGAAAACUGGGCAGUGCUUUGCCCAGGGUGUGCAGCCUCUGCUCUCCUUUGGACCAUCUCUGACUGGCUGUAGGCAGAGGAAAGUGCUUUGUUGACUGCUGACAGUACUGGUGGCACUUCCUUGUCUAGAAGACUCUUGGCAGGCAGAGCAAGGGAUGGGGGUAGAGCAGGGUGGGGACAGACUGCCAGGCAGCUGCUCUGUACAGCCAUUGAGCCUGGUGGCCAAGGGUAGGCUCUGCCUCCUCUCCCCCCGUGAUGGAGGACAGUCAGAGGCUCUGGCAGGAAGAGGAUCUCUUUCAAGUUGGUCAGCCCUGACUGAGGACUUGAAACUGGGAAGGGAGAUCCCCCAGUGCGGAGCUCUCUGCCAGAGCUGUGCCUGUCUCAGGAGCUCAGCUCCCAAAGCUGUGCCAAGUUCCUGCUGCUCAUGGGUCACCAUGCCCUGGACAGCUGACCAGACCUAGGUGCCCCCUUAGCCCUGCUGUGUGGAAUGCUGCACAGGCGAGCUUUCCUAUUUCCUAGAACUUCAGCGUUUUAACAUUCUGACCAGCAGCAGUACAAACACUAAAAGCAAGGUUUGUUUUUUUUUUUUUAAAUCCAGAAAAAAACAAAAACAAAGGAAACCCCCAAACAGGAAAAACAAACAAAAAUUCCCCAAACCACAUAUUAAAAAUGGCAGGCUUUUUAUAACAAUAAUUAAAGUAAUAAAAACAUACAAAACUUUUGUUUUUUUUUUUAAUAUAUACACAGUACAAGGCUGAAGCACCUUUGACUUCUCUCUCAAAACGUACGUUUGUAUGAAAACACCACACGGCGGUAGCAAUCCAGUGGGCAGGCUCUCUGUGGACAGCUCCACGUAUCUUCCCCAAGGAAAACAAGGUACUUUGGGUAUGGGUUUGCCUCUUUUCCUAAGAGCUGUCCCAGGGAGAAGCCUUUGACUAGCUUGUGUGCUCCCAGGACCUGUGGCUUUGAUGAUGAUGGCUGCGCAGGAAGGCGAUGGGACUGGUGGAAGGGAGCCCUUUGCUUGUACACACCUGGCCUUCCCAGCGCAUUAGUCCUGCUCCUGGGAGGAAGAGGUUUAACCCCCAGGGCCGUGGCAACAGCAACACCACCAACCAGCUGGCUCUCCCUCAGCCAUGUGCACGGUGGGCGUCAGUGUCAGAGGAGAAGGAUGAUGUGGGAAGAGGAAAUAACACCGACCUCAGAAAGAGAAACUGAGUCUUAGCUGAGACAGGUGCCUCGAUGACAUGGAGUCGAGGUGAUCUCCUCUUGAGCCUGGAACCCUUCGCUUCAUGCAUGGCACGUUCAAUUUGCAAUUUGUAAGCUUCAAACCUCCCAGUGAAAAAUAUUAAAUAUUCAAGGUAAUAAAAUAGAUAAUAUUUCUAUACU